AGGCGGAGAUGAUCAGUCUCUCCCCUGAAAUUAUCUUUUUGUAUUAAUACCUGGAUUACCACAAUGGAUAUCAAAUUAUUCUUGAUAUAUGUUGUAAUGAUGAGCGCAGUGCACCGAGGUCCUGCUGUAUAUCGGGACCUUACGUGCGUGGAGCUAGAGCCUGGAUACACCAAAAGAUUCUUCCAGUACUUCACCGCAACAGAAAUUGAGAAAGUUUGUCCAACAUCUGCCGAUUUGACUUGGCGAAUUGGAAAUGAGGUAUUCUGCACCCUUCUCUGUGUGCUUCUAACCCUGCUGUUGGGCUAUGCGCCGUCGAUCAGAAAGAGCGCCAAAGAGAGAUGGUCGGCCAUGGUUUUAAUGGUCCGCGCAUGGUGGAAUCGGCCUUCACGCUGUCGUCACUGCGGUACUGUCCCAUGCCAGGUCAAAAGGAGGUCAUUUUGGAAGCCUUCUGGAAGUCGCAAGAGGGACAAAGCCAAUUUCGCCAAGCGGUCAGAAGCCAUGAUGUUGUUUAACUACGGACUAGAGCUGUCCGUGGUACUGACCAAAGAGCUGCCACAGGAUAACCUGUACUGGGAGAGGAAGUUCUGUCAGCGAUUUGAGGAGGCACACAUGGUUCUGUUCCCACUGUGCAUCCAGCGUCAGAUCAACUACUGGUACCCCGUCCCUCGCUAGGUUGAUUCCACCAGGCAUCGUGAAGAAUAUCGAUAUCAGUCGAUUAUGGAACGGAAGUUGACAAAUUGAACGUCAUCGAUCUUGUAUGAUGGUGGCAUAUCGAUCUCAUCCUCGAUCUGAUGUACAUUCGUUGCACUUUUGACCAAUAUUGGUCAUAGCUAGAUUGUAUUUAUGCUUGCUAUAUAUUUAUGA